AUGAAACAGGUGAGGCACGAGUCCUUUCUGCUUUAUAUACCUAUUAUGUCGUGCGUGGCCUGCUCUGCUCUGCUCUGCUCUGGUCUGUUCAGUUCUGCGCUUUCGUCUCGUCUCCCCAUGAUGGCGCAUCGCUCUCCCCUCACGCACCAUGUCAUGCCGCUGUACCACUCACUCCCUCCCACUCCGCUCCACUCCACUAUCAGCAGCAGCUAAUGAUGACGAUCCCAUCUUAUCGAUACUCUAUCAGACCUGUAUCGAUAGGGGAUUACGGACCACAAUAUUUGGCACUGCUUCACGUUGGAGCCCACCAUUCAUUACAUAUAGUAUAUGACUGCAGCACUCGUCGCACUCUUGGUCGGAGGACGAGGACGAGGAUGACAGCGGGUAUCAGGACAGCGAAGAUUGACCGGUGGUACUGUAGUCGAGGCUGGGCCGUGGAGGCAAAGAGGCAGAGGCAGAGGCGAAGUAAGUUGGUGGACCAGGACCGGAGAAGGAAAAAAGGGAAGAGAGCUCGCUCGGCCCAUGGCCAGACGGACAUCAGACUUGUAUGUGUAGGUAGUUACAGUCACAGUCCUCACACCUCACACCUCACACCUCACACCUCACACCUCACACACACACGCACGCCCUCAUCCAUGACGCCCGUGGCAGCCCCGUCUAGAAUCGCCCCUCCACUCACGCUACACCCGCGAGAAUGGAUCAAAAUCAAGAGAGGCCAGGCAAAAGACCCACGAUGGACACCGAGACCUCUCUCAAAUGACUCGCUCCAUGUAGUGCAGAGCCGCACUGGUCUGUCUAGUCUUCAACAGCCAUGCCAUUAUUGGGCGAAGGAAGUCGAUUGGAGAUGAGAGCGAGGUAUAUGCAUGCGAUCGAACUACUUGAGGUAUGCUCGUUCCUUCUGACUGCAACAACAUCCCUUCGUCUGCGACAAAGCAAAAACGAAAGCGGCAUCACGAACGAACAAACGGAUCCCAGCCGAAUGUUACCUUGAGUCAAAUUGCAGGUGCUGUCUGUCCCAUUCCCGUGAUGAUCCUGUUCCAAUACCCGGUACUUUUGUUCCAUCCCACUCUCUCAGGACUUCAAACAAGCAGCAGCAGCAGCACAACCCUCAAACCCCAAGCAUUCUCAGACGUCGAGACCUGAGCGUUCAGCGGUGAAGUGGUGACUAGGUGAAGUGGUGGUGGCCUCGUCACAUCAU